GAGCUCAUUUUCAAAUGUGCUUAUUUCAUUUCCCCUCACAUUGCAUCCUUAGUGUCUUAAUUUAUCAUUAUAUUUCUAAUUUCAGAUCCUGCUCACGAUACUCCGUCAAUGAAAACCGCUCCUCCCAAUCUCUAUAUCAGAGACAAAGUUUCGAAGAUAGUAAGACCAUGGGAAAUCAUCCAGAUUUAUAAGAGGAGCAUUGAACCGGAAGACUUUGAUUUUGAGGUCAAUGAAACUUUGAUACGACGUCAUAAUAAGACGGAAUCAUUACCUGAACAACAGACAUGCGCAGUGGUUGGAAACUCUGGAAUAUUAUCUGACAGUAAUUGUGGUAGAGCAAUAGACAGUCACGAUUAUAUCUACAGGAUGAACCUAGCUCCGUUUGGACAGGAAUAUGGCAAAGAUGUGGGAUACAGGACUAAUAUCACAACAUUAAACUACUCUCAGCUAAAGUCAAUGGCUAAGUGUGCGAAGAAACGAUUUGCUAAAAUGUCACCUGCUCGUGCUUUGAUGUUGACAAACAUGAAAUUAUAUAACCACUCUGUGAUAUGGUAUCCCAAAGGCGGCUCUCGAAAAGGAAACAUGAACGCUUUAUCACGAGGAAUGAAGGAUAUUUUCAAUUUCACUGCUGGCUGGGCUUAUAGUCCAGUGUCCUUGUUUGGUGCCGUUCCAAGGAUAUGGAAGAAACGAACGCCUUCCACUGGUCUUCUACUUCUGUCGGCAGCAUCUUUAUUCUGUGAACGGAUUACUAUGUAUGGGUUCUAUCCAUUCUAUGUUGAUUCCCGUAACAAAACGUUAAUGUAUCAUUAUUAUGACUCAGAUCCUUUGAACUACACAACAAAUGCCCACAAAAUGCCUUUAGAAUUCAAGAUCUAUCUUGAGUUGGAAAAACAAUUUGCUGUUAAGAUUCAGCUAGGGGACUGCCUUAAAACAGCAGUGUAGAUCCCUCGGUGGUGGUCCAAUAUAUCCCUAUUUGAUAUAGAGA